UUCUCCCGCCCCUAUAGUGGUAGCUGAAAAGGAACGUCAUUUGCCUCGUACAUUUAGCUUUAGCCUCAAAUUAGCUUGACUUUUAAAUCAUAAAUGUGUUCUCUCAAAUAGAGCUGCUCUUUCGCUUAGCCGUCAAUCUCGGACAGCGUUAACAAUUCGCCCUCUUUGUGUUUAAGACAGGAAACAUGUAUAUAAAGGCCUUAUUUCGAUGCAGGGACAUGCUAAAGGGAGAAUUCUUCGUGUGAAAUGCUGUCUAGCCUUCGAGCAGGGGCCAAAAACCGAAAGUUGCUAACAGCACCGAGGGUUAAGUCAUCACCAGCAAGCCUGUGGGCUUUCUCACAUCUGCCGUAGGCACCCGAAGGUGGACAGACUGAAACGGUGCCUUUCCUACAACGAAUCAGGGGAUCCGUCUGUCUAAGGCCGAGGCAUGGGGGCGUUUCUGGACAAACCCAAAACGGAGAAGCACAACUCUCAUGGCGAGGGGAACGGACUGCGCUUCGGGUUGAGCUCCAUGCAGGGCUGGCGGGUGGAGAUGGAGGACGCUCACACGGCUGUGCUGGGACUUCAGGCUCCCGGCAUGACCGACUGGUCUUUCUUCGCCGUGUAUGACGGCCACGCUGGAUCCAGGGUUGCCACCUACUGCUCAAAGCACCUUCUCGAACACAUAAUCACUGCGAGCCUAGGCACUGGCAGCAAGCAAGGCUCGCAAGUCGGACCAGACGGUUGCGGCUCCGACUCUCAAGCUCUUCCUCCUCCCGCUGUGGAGGCCGUGAAAACCGGCAUCCGCACGGGUUUCCUAAGGAUCGACGAGCACAUGCGCAGCUUCUCCGACCUCCGGAACGGCAUGGACCGCAGCGGGUCAACGGCGGUGGGGAGUCUCCUGUCGCCAGAGCACUUUUUCUUUAUUAACUGCGGGGAUUCCCGAGCCGUUCUGUACCGCAACUCGCAGGUGUGCUUCUCCACGCUCGACCACAAGCCUUGCAACCCCCGCGAGAGGGAGCGCAUCCAGAACGCGGGAGGCUCGGUGAUGAUCCAGAGAGUUAACGGGUCCCUAGCGGUCUCGAGAGCCUUGGGGGACUAUGAUUACAAGUGCGUGGAUGGCAAGGGCCCCACGGAGCAGCUGGUUAGCCCUGAACCGGAAGUGUAUGUGAUGGUUCGGGCGCCAGAACAAGAUCAGUUCAUCAUUCUGGCUUGUGACGGCAUCUGGGAUGUCAUGUCCAAUGAGGAAUUGUGUGAAUUUGUGAAAUCUAGACUAGAGGUGUCUGAUGACCUGGAGAGAGUCUGUAACGAAGUGGUGGAUACCUGUCUGCACAAGGGAAGUCGAGAUAACAUGAGUAUUGUUUUAGUGUGUUUGCCCAAUGCUCCCAAAGUAUCCGAGGAAGCUGUGAGGAGAGAAGCUGAGGUCAACAAAUAUCUGGAGGCUCGAGUGGAAGAAAUGCUGUCUCGGCCCCGAGACGAGGCUUUUCCGGAUCUGGUGACGGUGAUGAGGAACCUGGCCUCCGACAGCGGGAUGCCCCCUCUGCCACCCGGGGGCGGACUCGCUAGCAAACGCAGUGUUAUCGAAGCAGUAUACAACCGUCUGAAUCCUUACAAGGAGGAAGAUGGACCCUCCUGUUUCAUUUGGUAAGUGAUCACAUAUAUAAGUGUUAAACCCCAACCCACCCCUGCCCUCCUUCCAAAACCUCAUGCAUACACACGCACACAUUCUUACAGGCAUGUAUAGUGGUGACCUGCAGAGCAUACUCCCCUGUCACGCCUCCAUCAGUCUAUAUACGUCCCCUUCUGGUCUACUUUCCAGCAUGUAGAGCUCCAUUUAGAUUUUAAGGAGUGUGUGUGUGUGUGUGUGUGUGUGUGUGUGUGUGUGUGUGUGUGUGUGUGUGUGUGUGUGUAAAUGAGCGAUGAGGUGUUUCUUGUCCUGUCUGUCCCCUUCUCUCUCACAUCACAGGCACACAAACACGCAUGCACCAGCCCCACACGCAUUGCUGUCUCACUUGACGUCUCAGCAGCCGCACGCAAGCAAAUAACAAUCUGUCUCUGUGCCACGCCCCCCCCCCCCGCAAGAAGAGAAAGCUGCAGAAACAUGUCGACAAAUUAUUUUUUUUGUAUUAAAGGAUCUACAAACCUGAGGCUAGAGUGUGUUGGUGUUGUAACUUUAUUUUUUGUCUGUGUUCAUGGUAUAAAAACCUUCCCUCGAAAACUCAGGUCGGGAACCGAAACUUGUUAACGUGACGUUAAAUUAACAGAGUAUUUUCUUUCGCUCUCAUCUCCCUCUUUUCUGUUUUUUCCCCCCCUCGCUCUACCUUUCCUGGCUGUCCUCUUGCAGAGUGGAGCAGAUUUGGAGUGCCACUGGUAGCUGUCCAGCACAAACGCCUGAUCCAAAAAACAAAAACAAAAAAUCUCCACAGGACCACUAUUCCACAUGAGACUGCCUCCUAACUCAUCUUUUAAUUUUUCAUCUGAGAGAGUAAUCAUAAUCUUCACUCAAUGUGGAGGACUGCAAAUGGAUUAGGAUGGUUUUUUUUUUUUUGUAAACUAGCAAACUGCACUACAGACAUACACGUACAAUACAAAAUCAAGUAGAAAGACGACAAAGCACAGUUUUUUUUUUAACAUUUGGUUUCAUUUUGUUGGUUGUUUUCGUUGUGGAUCGACAGAGACGUGGGAGCAGGCUUUGGGACUUUAUGGUGCCUUGCAGAGACCCGAGAGAAGAAGAGGGGACCUCACAACUUCACCGGCGGCCCGCCAUUACAGAAAACCAGCCGCUCACACGUCUGUAUGAGACCGAGGACGCUUCAGUGGUGUUUUUGUGGCAUUAUUUGUUUUCGACGCGUUUUUAUCUCUUCUGACUGGGAGCUUAUCGACCACACAACUCCGCAAUCACCACAUUUACCACUACGCCGUACGGGAAAGUUGUGUGCACUUACUCCAAUGUUGCUGUCAUGAAACUCCCAACAACAUCCGAAGACUUCGGGGUAAAAGUCCUCAAACUGGUCCCGACAGCGGAUCACCUGAGGGUUCACACGAAAGCACGAGAGGGAGAGAGAGUGUGUGUGUGUGUGUGUGUGCGCGCGCUGCCGUCUUGGUUUGAGCUGUGGCUCUUGAAACGGGCGGGAAUGCUUCUCCACACGUGAACUCCAGUGUGACUCUUCUUGCACGUCUCUGCUCACUGUCUCCACUCUCGCCUGCUAAAAGAUGCAACAAUUGAUCAUUUCCCUCCUCCUACUUCUCUUUGCUUCCUGUCUUCUCCGGUAACAGUCUGCAGUGCGUUGGUAAACCAGAAUCAUAAGCUUUAGAGCCUGCUCUUCUUUAAAGGAAUAGAGAUAGAGAUUAUAUAUAAAAUACAUAAAGAUAUAAAUAUAUAUUUAGAUUUUUUUUGUUGCUUUGGUUGCAUUUCCUACCCUGGUAUUCAUUGUUGCCUAAUAUGUUUUUGAUCAUUUCUGUGUGUGUGUGUGUGUGUUUAAGCUUAGAUAUAUCAAUAGAAGAACAGAAACAUUAAGAUUAGGCAUGCACAGGUGUUGCUCCAACACAGAAGCCUUCCAAUGACAGGAUUUGGAGAUGAAGACAUUCCAGUUUCACCUUCUUCCUCUUUGCCUUUUUAUCCAGAACUCAUGGGCAAAUACACAGACAUACACACACACACACAAAAUCCUGCUCAUGCUACAACUUGCCUUUCUCUCCAUCUCUUAACUUCUCUGGAGGAU